AUGAGGAACAAGCGCCGCGUCGUUAUCGCAUUAUAUCACCGCAACAGACUCUCACUUGGAAACAAUCGCCCAAGACUCGGCUAUGAAGCCUAUCACUGGGGCAUCCUCAUCAUCCCAAGGCGGUCGCUUGAAGCGCGUCGCCUUCCAUUAUGCAGCGCCUACGACGCAACUGACUUUUCAGUCAUUGACCCUAAAACACGAGAAGAUCUCAACCCAAACCACGAUUGGCUAUUCCGCGCCCAACAUGACAUCGACCCUUCUGCUACAGGCCGUUUAAUAGGCCGCAUCAUCGUGGGUAAGCUGCCAAACCAUGUCUCAAAAUCAAACCUCGACACACUUCUGGCGGACGUGCCUCUACCCGCCAAGGAUGCUUCACCACCUCAGAGUUGCGUAACCUGGGCUUUGGCCGCGCUCGGCGCUCUACAGAACGCAGGUCUCGCGUGGUCCUUCGACAUCAAACCGUUCCAAGACUGGGCGCUCGCCUAUGGCGAUCGUUGCAUGGUAGAUUUGGGUCUCAGCAAUGUGUGCGAAUACAAAGGGGAGGAGAAGUGA